AUGCCUGAUUAUCUUCGCAGAAAAAGAGAGAUGGAUAAUAAACCUGUUAAGGUUACUUUUGAAGAUGGAUCGACAGGGGCCAAAACGGGAAAAUCAAUCUCAAAAGUAGAUGAUGAUGGAGCAUACGAGGAACUGUUUGCCAAAAUUUAUAAGGAAGUUCAGAGAACUGCUGGGAAAACUCCGAGGGUUAAAAUAAAACGUCGGUUUGUCCCAAAACAUUCUGAGAACUGGGAAGAAGAACAUGAGCCCAAUUCAGAACAAAUCCCCGACCUCGAAUCAGAACAAUCCCCUGACCCCGAAAACGAAGAAGGCCAUGAAUUUUUUACACCUGUCAGCCGUAGAACCCCAAAAAAUACGACUCCAAAAAGUGAACGCCAACCCUUUACGGGUUGGAAAGCCCUUCCUCCAAUCACUCCUUCCAAAGCCUUAGAAAUUGCAAAUUCUUUAAAAGGGAAACUCCGACGGGCCCCAGAUACGUUUGGGAUAUCAGAAAAGGGAUUCUUAAAAGAUAAAAAAGGAAAAGCAACGACUUUUAAUGCUGAAGCUCUUCUCAAACAGUGGGCCAAGAAUCCUGUUGUUGGUGCUGACACCGUUCCCAUCGAUUUUCUAAAUAAAAUGUACAAGAAUGAAGGUACAAAGGAUAUGAUUCAUCAACUUAUGAGCGGACGGACAAAGAGGGAGAGAAAGCAAGUAGCCCGAGGAGUUUUAUUGAAAAGAAGACACUACAGAUUCAAGGUUCUUUCGUGGAAGUAUAAAAGCACACCGAAAGUUUUGAAAAGGCAUUAA